UGAGAGAAGAGAGACCAAGAAAGGUGACCUGCACAUGGAGACUCUGGACAUUGAAAAUGACUUCUGGGGCCCUCAAAAGUGUCUCGCCAAGGAGAUAGUUAACAAAGGAAGGAGAUUGUGGCGUGUUCACUUCCCUGUCGCUGGCCACUACCACUGGUCCAAAACUCAUCUUGGCUUUGUGGUGAGAAAGGAAGUGACUGUUGAGAUUGGAUUCUGUGCGUGGGAUCACUUUCUGAGCACACAUAAUCUACAGGACACCUGGAUGGUGGCAGGACCUCUCUUCGACAUCAAGGCUGAGCAGGGAACUAUAGCUGCUGUGCACCUCCCUCAUUUUGUGGUUGUCAAAGGAAAACAUGUGAACAGAUCUCUGUUCCAAGUGGCCCACUUUAAAGAGAAGGGGAUGCUCCUAGAGAAGCCAACCAGUGUGGAGACUCAUUGCACUGUCCUGGAAAACCCUAACUUCUCCCUUAUGGGAGUUCUCCUAAAAGUAGUCCCUGCUGCCCAGCGCUUCAUCCGCAUCUACUCCACCACAUUGCUCUAUCAUUGCAUCCAUGCUGAGGAAAUCAAACUCCACCUCUACCUGAUCCCCAGUGACUGCACCAUUCAGCAGGCCAUAGAUGAUGAAGAAAAGAAGUUUCAAUUUGUGCGAAUACACAAGCCACCUCCUCUCAGCCCUCUUUACGUGGGAACCCGUUAUACUGUGUCUGGUUCAGAGACACUGGAGAUCAUGCCCCAGGAACUAGAGCUCUGCUAUCAAAGACCAGGAGAACAUCAGCACUUCUGUGAGAUCUAUGUUGGCUCCUUGGGGUCAGGAAUCCGGCUGGAAAUGAGAAACAAGCAAGAAGGGACAGUUGUAUGGGAGGCCUUGUUAAAACCAGGAGACUUGAGACCUGCAGUCUCUCCAUUCCCUCCACCUGUCACAGCCUCUGCACUGCCUCCAAAUGCUCCAGCCUUUUUGCACUUUGUGGACCAGCAUCGAGAGCAGCUGGUGUCCCGAGUGACUUUAGUGGACUCUGUCUUAGACAAGCUUCUGAGUGGACGCGUGCUGAGUGAAGAACAGUAUGCAAGUGUGCGGGCUGAGGUCACCAAGCCAGACCAGAUGCGGCAGCUGUUCAGCUUCAGCCCAUCCUGGAAUUCGGCCUGCAAAGACAAACUUUAUGAAGCCCUUAAGGAGAUCCAUCCGCAUCUGAUCAUGGAACUCUGGGAAGGGUGUAGCAAUCAGUCAGGUGACUUAACAUCUCAGUAGCUGAGGUCUGAGCAUGUGCCUUUGGGCCCUGGUUGACUGCAUGACUGCAUGACUCUUCUGUGGGCCUCCAUUUCGUCACCUACAAAAAUUGCCAUCUGAGUUGCCCACUACCUCUAACAUUAGAUAUGCCUGUUCGUGACUAUUCGCCCAUGCCCAGGGAUGCUUCACAAGCACCAAGCCAGAACCCUCCCCAUCCCAUGUGGAUGCAGACAGGAGUAAGAGGAAUAUGAAGGUGUUCAUCUGCAUGGAGAGAAUCUAUUAACUAGUGAUUUCUUACUGUUUAUUUUUUGGAAAUUCUGUAUUACUUGUACCCUUUUACUGUUUUGUUUUUUUUUUUUCUUUAAAUAAA